AUGUUGCACUUUAUAAAACAAUACUUCGCACUUUAUAAAAUACUAUGCCGUAAAAUAUCUCAAACAUUUGCAAGCUUCUGGUGGAAGAAAAAGGCUGAUCAGAACAGAGGAAUUCAUUGGAAAUCAUGGACCUAUCUUACACUCCCCAAAGUUAAAGGUGGUCUUGGUUUCAAAGACAUCCUUUUGUUCAACAGAGCACUCAUUGCUAAGCAACUCUGGAAGCUGUUGACAAGACCAAACCUGCUGGUCUGUAAAGUCCUCAAGGCCAAAUACUUCCCACAAGAAAGCUUAUUCACAGUGCCUAAGAAGAAGAAUGGAUCAUGGUUGUGGAACAGCUGGAUUGAGGUCAGAGACUCUAUGCAGGAAGGAGCAAGAUAUGAUAUCAGAGAUGGAAAAUCAAUGAAAAUCUGGGAGUUUCCAUGGGUCCCAUCUCUGUUAGGUUUUAAACUCUCAUCAUCCCCUACUGACACCACAACUCAUCUCAUCUGGGUGAAAGAUUUGAUUGAUCAAACAGGCAGGCACUGGAACACUCAACUAGUUCAGUCAACAUUCACUGACACAGAAGCCCAGACAAUUCUCAACAUCAAAAGCCUUGAUCCCUUAACACCAGACAUGCUAGUUUGGGAUAGUGGGACUAAUGGAGCAUUCUCAGUCUCCUCUACCUACUCAAAGCUGGUGGCCCAAAAAAUGGAAAAUAAUGGACUAUGCAGAGAGCAACAGAGUCUAAACAAGACAACAACCUCAGAAGCAAGAAUACAUCUUUCCACAUACAUUCUCUGGUGGUUGUGGAAAGCUAGAAACUUGUGGAUUUUUGAAGACUCCUGGAUGGAAGACAAAAUUGUUGCUGAACUUGCUGGAAAAGACUGGGGACAGUGUGCAGCUAUUCUUAUUUUGGUUGUUAGUGCAGUUGUUGAACCCUUUUUGGGGAUAUCGAGUUUGAGGUUAGCUGAUGCACACAAUGGUUUAGGCGUUGCCACCAGCUAG